AUGGUUGCUCUAGUCCCUAUUGCGGAUACGCCCUCGGCUCUCUAUCCGGAGAAGAUGAAUGGGAUUGUUCGAUCGGAGAUCGAUCUGGUGGAGAAGAGCCCGAUCAUGAUCGACGCAACGGACCUGGCGUCUUCCGAUCUUGACAGUGUCGAUCCCCCUAUGGUUACCGCAAACGGAAAUACCUCGACACAACACCCGACAAACAGUAUUGAUAGCCUCGAAAGACCCGCGAUUAUCGAAAUCUUCUCAAAUGAGCGCAAAAUGGCUGUUGAUAUUCUCAAAGUGAUUGAAAGUUAUGGUGUUGACUAUGAGAAGAAUGGUGCCUCGUGGAAGGGACUCGAGUCCUUCGUCCCCACUGUUAUGGCCCAAGUGGAAAAACAAGAGCCGAUCCGGAUGAUCUUGCCCGCUUUCCCAUUCAAAUCGCCAAAUGCACGCGAUAAGGUUUUGGGGAUCUUGCCUGACUUUGGAGAGGAGUUGGCUUUGGCUCAUUUGAAUGGACUUUGCGAGAACGUCGCGCAGGUAUACAAACCUGGUGCCGAGGUAUACAUCAGUUCAGAUGGUUUGGUCUACAAUGAUAUCCUUGGAGUCCCUGAUGAGGUUGUGUGGGACUACGGAGAAGCCCUGCGACAGAUAGCCGUAGAGAAAGGCCUGACUCGCGUGAAAUUCAUCCGUCUUUUCGAGCUGCUUGAACACCCCUGGUUCAAAGCGAGUAGCCCGGAAGUCGCUAAGUCAUAUUACCUGGCUCAUGCACGCUGCCUUCGUCGCGAACUCAUGUUUGCCUUUGGGGAUCCAACCUUCGAUGCCGAUGAAGCCAUCAAGACUGACAACGACACCUGUUUGACAUAUCGCGGGUACAUCAAGUUCCUGACCAAAGAUCUGGCUCAUCAGGAGUAUCCAGCUGGCAUGUCCAAGCGUGCCAGACAAGGUCAAAUCGCACAGACAGCGCGCCAAAUGAUCAUCCGCGGAAAGAUGUUCGCAGCUGCCAUCCGCGCCAAUCGCAAGGAUUACGUCCGUCUAUCCAUCCACGAGUCCGCCGGCGAAAAGAAACUCUCAGUCUCUCUAAUCCCGCAGAAACGUGGAGCAUUAGGCUUUACCCCGUGGCACGCUUCCGUCGCGGUCGCACUUGACGGCUCAUACCGAACCGUCCACGCAGAAGAUGUCCGUGAAACACACGAUCUUGUAUACAAAAACGGUCAACCAUAUUUCUUCCGCGAACGCUCAGACCUCUUUGACUGGCCUUCUGAUGGUCUAUCUGUCAAAUUCGAGCAUCAAUACCCCUGCGGACUUAUCAUCAGUCCCACGGACAUCGACAAUGUAAACCCACCACCCUCCAUCAGCGCAAUCCCCAUGCACAAAGUCCGCAAACUAUCCAACGGCAUGUCCCCCGUCAUCCUACGCGGAUUUGCCGAAACUUUGGUCGAAGAUCUAUACGUAAAAGCAGGGCAUGAGCUCGGCAAGAUCUUGCCCUGGAGUUUCGGCAUUAUCCAAAAAGUCCGCGAUGCUGGGCGGUCCGAUAAACUUGGCAACAACGUUACCUCUAACGAAGCCAUGCCAAUGCAUUUCGACGGCAUGUUCAAAUUUGAGGAAGUCUCCGAUCCAGAAACGGGCGAGGUCAAGAAAGUCCAACGUCCACCCGGUUACCAAUUCUUCACAUGCCCGGCAACAGCACCGAAAGGAAGCGGUUACACACUCUUCGCCGCUUCUAGACUGCUAUUCCGAUAUCUACCCCUCCCCUGGACCGCCGAGCGUCUCCAGAAAGUGACUUGGGCGAUGGAUAACGACGGUUUCUGGGAUGCCAAGCUGAAGAAUUUGCCACUGACGGUUACACACCCUGUUUCGGGGUUGCCGUGUGUUCGCUGGCAUCAGCCGUGGGAUUCUACUAAGACGAAGUUCUCUACUUGCGAUGUUACCGUUGAGAAUGAGGAUCCUAGUUUGGUACAGGUGAUUGACCGGAUUAUCUACGAUUUCCGAGUUUGCUUCAGGUUUGAGUGGGAGAAGGGGGAUCUGCUGAUCAGUGAUAAUACUGCUAUGCUUCAUACCCGGACUGGGUAUAUUAGUGAUUGUGAGCGGGAACUUUGGCGCAUUCAUUUUGAUUGA